CCUCAAAGCUCCCACCUCUCCCCACAUUUCUUCUCCAUUCUCUCUCUAAACCCAUUUCUUUCCACCAAAAAUCGAAACUUUCCGGUGAGUUUUCAACAUUAGAGCUUCGUAAGACGCAAAUCAUACCGUAGUAUGAAGUCAAUUUGUGAAACAUGUGGACAUCAAGGAUGGAAGGAGUUACUUGUAACUUGCUCGAAAUGCCGUAUAGCCUGUGAACACCGUUAUUGCAUGCGGGGAAAUUCAUUUGAGACCUCAAUACAUUUUGUCUGUGCUGAUUGUUCGAUGAGACCUGUUCAAAACAAACCUACUUCAGGUUCUAUCAAAGCAGUACCUAGAAGUAUUAGGAAUAAGGUGCGGGUAGAGUCCUCCAAUCCAGUUCCCAAAUGGAAAAAAAUUCCUGAAACAUCAAAGAUGAAGUUGAUUUCACCAGACGAAGUCAGAAAACUUUCAUGUGGAGGCAAUAAAUCAAUUUUUAAAGUACCAAGACCAGUUUCAGCUCGUUCUGCAACGGGCUUAACAAAAGAAACUGCUUGGUUUCCAAGAGCUAGGAGUUUUAAUUCUUCAGUGGCGGCUCACAAAACCAAUUCAACCCUCCGUCCACCUAAAAAUGUUGAGCCUCGUAGUCCACGUACUCCGCAAAUUCGUCCAGGAUUCAUAAGACAAUCUUCUAAGGCACAAGCAGUAGUAGAAGGAUCAAAAUCGAAAGUUGGUGAUGGAGCUAAAUAUCACGGUUCCAACGAGAUAUGCCGAUCAAUCUUAUCAGAUAAAUUGUUGCAAUUACUUCCAUAUCGUCCAGCUUUGCAGCCCACUUGGAAGGGACGCAUUAUGGACUCUGGUACACCAUCUGAAUUUAAUGGCGAGUUCUUAGCUCAACCGGCAUCUAAAGUCCGUGCAAAGGCCUACAGACUUUCAAAGGGGAUUCCUGUCGUACUCAAGGUCAAAUUGGUUCCUAUAGGCAAUCUUCUGAAUGAUUUGUUUGUGAACAGAAACCCUGGGCUUUCAGAUGUCGAGAUGUACAUUUUCCCAUAUGACAAGAACACAAAAAGGUUUACCGAGGAACGUGAUUAUCUCUUUGAGGCCAUGAGGACUCGCAAUGCCAUGAUCAAAAUUAACGUCAAUGGCACACCACUGUUGAUAUUCUCUUCAAAACUACUGGACAAGUCCUCCCAGAUUAUCAUCAAGAUGCAGAAGAAAACAAAUAACUUUCUUUGGGGAAUUUUUCUCCUAACAAAAAAGUCUUUAGCACUUCUUCCAGGAACUUCCAGUCAAACUUCCAGACAAUGACUCUGAACCUUUAUUCAAACAUACCAACCACUGGAAUUCUGGGAAGCAAUUGCAGAGACAAAACAGGGAGAGGGAUUGAUUCAAUGCGAGUGCUAAGUGGCUCGAAGAAAUUGUUAAAUAGAGUAGUGCUACUAGUCUCUGAUUGUGUUCUAUUGUGGUGUAAGAAGCAAAGAUUUCAGCUCUUGACUCGUGUGUUACCUUUUUUUAUGGCUACUAAAUAAAGAAGGUUGUAUAUUUAUUAAUAUUUUUCCUUGACGGUAAAUG